AUGCAUCAAAUAUCGACCAUUUGUUUCGCCCUGGUAAUAGUUGCUAUGCUGGUACAGAGUACAAGCGGAAAAAGAGGUUGUGCUGCUUUUGGUCAUGCGUGUUAUGGAGGGCAUGGUAAGCGAUCCGGAUCCUCCGCCUCUUCACUAUACCCGGAGGCUCUCGAUCCCUCCGUGGUUGCGUUAGAAGUGCUUCCCAUUCCAUACUCCAAGCUGGCUUUGGACAAAUCAAGAUCGCUGGACUCAGCACCUGAAGUAAUGCGUCCCAAUAAUGCGUACGCUAUUGACGUAGCUGCUUCAAACCAACGCAUAGAUACGCGGACAGGAGAGCUUAAAUAUGCUAUUUAUGCGAUGCUAAGACAAUUGAUGGAAGAGUCAGCAGUUAAUCGACAGGAGCAAGCGCAUCAACAACAACAGGUCCAAUCCUUGAAUCAACCAUUCCCACACGAUACUCCCAAUGUGGGUGAUAUCGAACGAAAGUAA